AUGCCGUAUCUCCACAUCCCGCUGAAGGACAGAGUGAAGGUAUCUCAGAACUGGAGCCAUGGGAUCUGCAGAAAGGAAGUCACGCUCAAAUGGAGGAUUAACUUGUUGCCAUGGAUACAGCCUCGAUGGGGAUGUGCUGUAUCUGUCUCAGGCUGCAGACAUCGGAGUGUGCACCUCGUUAGUGGAGGAAGAGAUGGUAAGAUCCUGGUGCACCACAGAAGGAAUGGGUUCUCUGUAGAGUACUCAGGUCACAAGCAGGAGGUGAACUGCCUGGGCUGCAUAGAAGGACUGAUGGUCUGCGGCUCCAGAGACAGAACAGCCCGGAUUUGGACUUUGUCUUCCAACUGCCCCAGAGGCACUAUCCCCAUGAAUGACAAGGUGUGGUCUGUGGCUAUUAGUCCCACAUUGAGGUGUGAGUUGCUGUGUUGUCUAGGUUCAGAGUCCCAGAGGGAUGCAGGUGUGGUGGAUAUAGAUUAUGAGUCGCCCUUCCAGCAGCUCACCUGUGGCUACGACGCCUAUAUCCACUCUUGGGACCUCCGCCUCAGCCCUCAGGAAGUGUGUCAUAGAGUGGGAGGAGCCUCACGACAGUGCCCUCUACUGCAUCCAGACGGACGGGAAUCACAUGAUUGCCAGUGGCUCCUCAUACGACGGCGUCAUACGGAUGUGGGAUAAGUGGCAGACCCGCUGCGUAGAGAUGUUUCAGCUAUCCUCCGCUGUGAGCAGCCCAGUGUGGUCACCUGAUGCAGCACUCCAUCACUCUUCUUCUUGGUCAAAUAGUCCUUACACAGCCUGGAGGUGUGUUGGGUCAUUGUCCUGUUGAAAAACAAAUGAUAAUCCCACUAACCAGAUGGGAUGGCGUAUCGCUUGCGAAUUCUGUGGUAGCCAUGCUGGUUAAGUGUGUCUUGAAUCCUAAAAAAA